UGUCCUGAAACUUACUAUGUAAAUUAGGCAGAGCUGCCUGCCUCUGUCUGGCUCCUAAAUGCUGGGAUUGAAGGAGUGUACUACCAUGCCCAGUGGUAAAAGUCAGGGUUCUUGCAGAGGGCCCAAGCUCAGUUUCUAGCUCUCACGUUGGUGGCUCACAACUGCCUAUCACUCUAGCUCUUCUGACCUCUGAGUAUUAUAUUUACCAUAUAUAUAUGCCCCCAAAUAUAAUUAAAAAUAAAAAAAUUUAAUGCCUGUGUGCAUGUGUGUGUUUCUCUGUGUGCUUGCAUAUUCCUAGCUUGUUAUGGGACUCUGCCUGUGCCAUAUAUACAGGAACACAGUUAUAAAACAUGCUUGACUAUCUUCCUGCCUCUCCGCCUACUCUUCUCGCCCCUCCCCCAUAGCUCUUAUAGCCACAUCCUGCAAGGAAAAACCCCAGACCCUUGUGAAGGCAGAGCCCAGACAAGGAUGUAUGCGUGGGUUCAGCAGCACACAGCACUUCUGCUCCUGGGACUCACAUUUAGAGCUGCAGCCAGGCUCAACUGUGUUGGAGAUACCUACCCCAAUGGUCACAGGUGCUGUCAUGAGUGUCAGCCAGGCAAUGGUAUGGUGAGGCGCUGUGAUGGCACCAGGGACACUGUAUGCCACCCAUGUGAACCUGGCUUCUACAAUGAGGCAUUCAAUUACGAAAACUGCAAGCAGUGUACACAGUGCAACCAACGAAGUGGGAGUGAACUCAAGCAGAAUUGCACACCUACUCAGGAUACCAUCUGCCAAUGCAGACCAGGCACCCAACCCCGGCAAGACAGCAGCCACAAGCUUGGAGUUGGCCCCAUCACCAACAGCUUCAGCACCCAGGGCCUAUCCAGUAGCAUCAGAAAGAUGACUUAUGUCUUUGCUGCAGACUGUGUUCCCUGCCCUCCUGGCCACUUUUCUCCAGGCAACAACCAGGUCUGCAAGCCCUGGACCAAUUGUACCUUAUCUGGGAAGCAGACCCGGCACCCAGCCAGUACCAGCUUGGACACAGUCUGUGAGGACAGAAGCCUCCCAGCCACCCUGCUCUGGGAGACCCAGGGCCCUACAUUCAGGCCGACCACUGUCCAGUCCACCACAGUCUGGCCCAGGACUUCUCAGUUGCCUUCUACACCCACCUUGGUGGCUCCUAGGGGCCCUGCAUUUUCCGGUUUCCUAGGCCUAGGCUUAGGCCUAGGCAUGCUGGCUCCCUUGACUGUUCUGCUGGCCUUGUACCUGCUCCGAAGGGCUUGGAGAUUGCCUGAUGCUCCCAAACCCUACUGGGAAAACAGCUUCAGGAUCCCUAUCCAGGAGGAACAGGCUGACACACACUUUACUCUGGCCAAGAUCUGAACAGUACUUCAGGAGUGGGUUUUAUGGAGCAUGGGUAACCCAUAUCCUGGUGCCUGCCAGUACCCUCCACACCGUUCUAGGUGCUGAGCUGGUUCUGGGCUCUUCUACGUAUGCUAUGCAUACUACCUGCCUGGUGGUACCACCAAUAAACUUGCUGACAACUGUGA